GACAGCGCGUGCAGGCGUCCGGAAGUGGUGACAGCUGCGGCGGUCCUAGAAGCUAGGCGUAGAGGCAGUUGGCAAGAUGGCGGCAGAUAAAGGCCCCCAGGACACUCUGCGGCUGCAGUUCCAGAAGAUGCAGGAGCUGCAGUUCAGGCGGCUGCAGAGACAGAUGGAGAAAAAGAGGGACAAGGAACGGAGCCUCCAAGAUGGAGCCAACGACCAGGAGGAGCUCGUGGAGAUCUCCCAUGACCUCAGCCUUUUUGAUGCAGGGGACCCAAAGCUGAAACACAUCUUUGAGCAGAGGGUGCUUGAAGAUGAGAUCCAGCAGCUCCGGGAAGAGCUCAGGGAGGCAGUGGACGAGAAGGGACGACUGUAUAAACUGCUGAAGGAAAGGGAUUUUGAGAUCAAGCACCUCAAAAAGAAAAUGGAAGACGACAGACUGGCCUUCACAGGGACUGCCGGGACAGCUGGCGACCUAGUGGCCACCAAAAUUGUGGAGCUGUCCAAAAAGAACCGGGCACUGAUGGCAGAGUCCGAGGGCACAAAAGCCAGGAUGAAGCAGCUGACCAACCGCAUUCAGGAGCUGGAGCAAGAACUGCAGAUGACACCAGCCAAGCUGCCUGCCAUGGGUGCUAGUGACACAGGAACCAAGCCACAGAGGGCCCAGACAGGAAACAAAGCCUUGCUGGAGAGCCCAGAGGUGAAGGCCCUGCAGGACAGACUGGCGGCCACCCAGCAGAAGAUGAGCGACCUGCGUAACCAGAUGCAGUCCACGAAGCAGGAGCUCCGCAUGGCCCAGAAGGUUCUGGCCAAUGAGGUCGGGGAAGAUGUGAACGUCCAGCAGCUCCUGGCCUCUCCUGGGACCUGGAGGGGAAGGGCUCAGCAAAUUCUUGUUUUGCAGAGCAAGGUCCGAGAGCUUGAGAAGCAGCUGGGACAGCGCCAGUCCGCGGGAACAGCCAGCACCGAGCUCUCUGUCCACUCAGACCCAAGGAAGCUGUCAGCACAGGAGAGAAACCUGCUGAGGAUCCGCAGCCUGGAGAAGGACAAGCAGGAAGGCUGGGAGAAGCUGGCCAGUGAGCGGGACACCCUCCAGGGGGAGCUUGAAGAACUGAGAAAGAAGUUUGAGGGCAUGAGGUCCCGCAACAAGGUUCUAUCGAGUGAGGUGAAGACCCUCAGGAGCCAGAUGGGGACCUUGGUGGAGAAGGGCAGACAUGACGACGAGCUAAUCGACGCCCUCAUGGACCAGCUGAAGCAGCUACAGGAGGUUCUGGGCAACCUGAGCCUGCAGGAGGACACAAGGCGUGCAUCCCAGCACCACCAGGACCAGAAGGUCAACAGCGAGGCCCAGCAGAGCAGUAGCCUGGUGGCCCAGCUGCGGGCCAUGGUGGCUGAGCGGGAGGCCAAGGUGCGGCAGCUAGAGCUAGAGAUCGGGCAGCUCAGCGUGCAGUAUCUUCACAGCAAAGGAGGGGGCGAAGGGCCUGGUGGGCCCGAAGUUAGCCCUGCCUACACCACGUUCCCCGAGGACCAGAGCCCCAUGACCAAGUCUCCAGCGUCAGCAGGCGAUCACAUGGGCAGGCUUGGAUCGGCUCGCUCUGUGACCAGCCUGGGCCAUACCCUGGUGGAAUCUUCCCUCACGAGGCCUUCCCUGCCCAGUCCUCAUGGGACCUCACCCAGGUCAUCCAACUCUCCGGAACAAAAAGGCUGGCAGGCACAAGCAGCAGAAAUGAAGGCCCUCUGGCAGGCCGCUGAGGUGGAGCGUGACCGGCUCAACGAGUUUGUCACUGUCCUGCAGAAGCGGGUGGAGGAGAGCAACGGCAAGCUUCUGGAGGCGGAGCGGCGGCUGCAGGACGAGCGCCACCGCGCUGUGCUGCUGGAGCAGCACCUGGAGAAGGUGCGCCUGGAGCCCCCCAGGAUGUCGACCUCACAGAAAGGCCCCAGGAACAAGCCAGGUCCAUCUGCCUCCAGCCCCAAGCACAGCUCCACUGGGAGUACAAAAAAGGACUCAUCUUCCACCCAGCUCUCGGACGUGCCCAUGGAAUCACGGAUGCAGGAACUGACUGCCAGGCUGGCCAUCCAGGUAGAAGAGAAUGAAAUGUUGAGAGCCGCCCUGGGCAGUGCCCUGCAGGGGAAGGAGGAGGACUUCCGCAUGUACCACGAGACCUUGAGCCAGGUGAAGGGGGUCUUCCUGCAGGCACUACGGCAACAGAAAGUCGACAAGCACUAGACCCUCGGGGCCAACCAGGACUGCCUGCCUCUGGAAGCCACAGGAGCCAGUGCAUCUCUUCCCAGAAACAGCUCUGUACACUGGCAGAGCCCAGGCCUGCAGAGCAGACAGACUGGGAGGCACAGGAGGACCUGGGCAGGGGAGGAGCCUCCCCCCACCCCAGCCCCAUUCAGGGUUCUGGGACACAGCUCAGAGGCAGUCCUUUGAGCAGACUAGUUGUCUGUGUCCUAGUGGCCCGCUGAUGCCCUGGCAUGAGUUCUCCACACUCAGAGGAGUCCUUGGUACUUUGGGCUGGGAACAUCCAUCCCCAGCCACCCAGUUUCCACCAGCCUCCUCCACCUGGACCCAGGCUUCUGUUGGCCAUCCCCUCCACAGAUGUGGCAUCCUGUGCCCAGCCUCUCUGUGGCCUGUGACUCAGAGGCAUGCCUCAGACUUGAAAUUACAAUACUUUCGUAACCACCACA